AUGCUUCCCCUCACAGCAGCCCCCGUCGCCAUGGUCAGCGGUCUUCAAAUGGUGUCCCGGCUUCUUUCCCUGUGUGCUCUGUCGGCCGUCAGCUCCGGGAGCAUGAGUGUGGAUGCUCAAUCCCAAACCCCAUUACCACCGGAUUGUCCCGCUUGCGCCACAGGAAUUGUACCCCUGCACCGCGUCUACAACCCGACGACCGGCGACCACGCAUACACGUCCGAGUUUCCCCUUUUCCGUAUUGAUGCGGGCCCUGAUGUACCCCGCAGAGUCAACGCGACGGAAGCGGUCGCGAUGCCGGGAUAUGUCCUGGAGGGCAGCGCGGCAGGCGUGUUUCUCGUGCAGCAGCCUAACACCUACCCGCUACUGAGGCUGUGGGCGGAGGGCCUGGACGACCACUUCUACACGAUCUUCGAAAGUCAGGCGCGCACGGCGAUGCGCAACGGCUACGUCAUGCAGGGCAACGCGGGCUACGUAUUUGACUUCCCCGCGUGUCAGACGACGGGCAUCCCGCUCUACGAGCUCUACCUCGCGCGCACGCACGACCACUUUUACACCACGUCGGCAGCGGAACGCGCGAGCGCGAUCAAGUACGGGUAUCAGGAUUUAAAGAUCGCGGCGUAUGUUCCCGUGGCGGGCGUCGUUGCGGAGAAUCCGUGGUGUUGA